GAGUUAAUUAUUUAAUUAACAAUAUGGAUUCCCGCACUGCCAUCUCCACCUUGCUGAUUAUAUAUGGCCUCUGCAUGCUGGCAGAGAAGUCACAAGGAAGUUUUGCACAUUUUUACUCACACAGUGAUGCUUGCAACAUGCAGCAACGUGAGAAGAGCAGAGCAUGUAAGAAGUUUAUGCAGAGAUCAGAGAGAGGUGAUCUUAGAGAAGAAGGUGGUCUACAAGAGAAAGAUGUUCUAAAGAUGAGUGCUCCAUUGGAAAUAGAGUUGAAAAUUGACUCACAGCAGAUGGAGAAUUAUCAGGAUAUUAUAGAGGACAUUUUCAACGAAGACGUUGAAAAGCUCUAAAAUCCAACACAGUGAACUAAUAAAUAUGUCAUGUUAUUAAAUCACUUAAUUUCUAUCCAAAGCAUGUUAAGUAAGAAGGUAUCUGUGCAAAAGUUUAGGUCCUGUGGACCCAAAUAUUGUUUAAAUGAAAAGGUAAAAUGACAGACCAGUCACCCUUCAAAUAACAAAAUAUCUUGUAAGUUUAAUUAAUUAAAAAAUAAUACAUUA